AUGAGAAAGCGUGAAAGGAAGUCUAAACGUGAUGACCAAGCUUUGAAAGUUAAACACGUGAAAGGAGAAGAGAAGAAGAAGUUCAAGAAGUGGGAAGGAAAACCAAGAAAAGUGAAGUGGAAGAAAGAAGGAAAUAGCGCAGAUCAUGAAAAACCAGAUGAAAAAUCUGAUAUGAGCACAUCUGAUUCCAAAGAUAAGAAUCAUUGCAAGAAAGAGAAAUCGAAAGAAAAGAAAAGCAAGGAGAAGGAAGCACAUGUUGUCGAAGAAGACGCAGACACAAAGACAACGCUAAUGCUAAUGGUGAUGACAGCUACAAAAUGUGUGAAACCAUUAAAUACAAAUUGGUAUCUUGAUUCAGGAUGUUCGAAUCACAUGACGUGCAACAAGGAGUGGCUUGUCAACUUCAAUCAGACAAAGAAGAGUAAAGUGAAAUUCGCUGAUGAUAGUACAUUGAAGGUUGAGGGCUCAGGAGAUGUUGUCAUCAACAGAAGAAAUGGAUCUCAGGUUGUGAUUUCAAACGUGUUGUAUGUGCCUGAUAUGAAAUGCAAUCUCCUCAGUAUUGGUCAAUUGGUUGAAAAAGGCUUUACCGUGAUUAUGGGCAACCAGAAUCGGGUUGAAAUAUAUGACAACAAAAACAGACUGGUCUUGAUCAGCAAGACUUCUGAUAACAGAACAUUUCAAGUUUGUUUUGAUGGAGUUGAGAAUGUUCAUUGUCUAUCGGCUGUGAAGAAUGAGGAAAGUUGGAAAUGGCACCUACGGUUUGGACAUUUAAACUUCAGAGACUUACAGGGACUUGAAGAAAAGGCUAUGGUAACAGGUAUGCCACCUAUUUCCCUUUCAGAUGAUGCUUGUAAAUCUUGUUUGGCAGGCAAGCAGCCAAGGAAAGCUUUUCAAUCAGAAAUCGAGAUGAGGUCGAGAGGAUGCUUGGACAUCGUACAUGUUGACAUCUGCGACCCACUGGAUAUACCCUGA